AUGUGUUCCGAAGAAUCACAGGAGCAAAUUGUUACAUUACUCGCAACAUUCGUUCACUCAAAUGCAAAUAUGAUCGGAUCGGGAUGGCGUCCACUGUUCAGCACUCUGAAGGCAUUGCGCAUCGAAAGUCACAAUGGUACUGAUAAAAGCUUGAAGUGGGUUUGCAGACCUCGUUCCAGCCUUCUGUUUGCACGUAUCAUCAUUGUUACAGAUGCAGAUGCUGACAACGAUGAUCAGCUGAAGACCGUUUCUUCAGUGCAGGCCACUGUUCUAGACAUCUUUUCCGCAUAUCUCAAUAUCAGAAAUACCAAUGUUCUGCUGGCCACAUUCCUGGAUUAUAUCACCUGCGUUUUACAAUAUCUCCAAUCCACGGAACCUGAGGAAGAAGCGGCAGUCACGUCGACGAACAUAACGGUCGCAUCAACGGCUUUGCAAAAUUUGCUAAAAGUAGAAAGAAUGCUUCAUGAUUUGCUAAAUCGAGCCGAUACCGCUGAUCCACAUCUACUGCAAAGGCUAACAAUGCGGGAACGAGAUCAACAGUUUGUGGAACGACACACCGAUGCUUCGUUUUUGGUCGAACCUUUGUCAACUGUUCUUAUUGAAGAGCCAUUUUUUGACGUUGUACAGCCGAUUCUUCCAACUGAUUUGGAUCGUUUGUUGGAAGUACCACAGACAAAUUCACCAUGGGAAAAUUAUACAGCGCCAAUGCGAAGUUGUGUCGAGAUUUAUUUGUCGCUGCUUGAGGGCCUCACUGCUGUAACAUUCGUUUGUCCUGUACCGCUACAAUCAAAUCUUUUGCGAACAAUUGCCGAUUUGAUUGAAGCUCAAAUCAGUACUGAUUACGGUAGUGUUUUUUGGAUGAAUUUUGGUGCAUAUGGCUUGUCGGUUUUGGUCUUUCCAAUGCUACAGCGAUGGUUGCGAAAAGAAACAGCCGAACAUGAGAAUAAUCUUAAGCAAGCACUUGGCUUAUGUACUGAAAUUGUCAAACAAUAUGUGCUCCAUUCUGAAGCACUGUUUGACGCGCUGACACUGUUGACGGAAUGUGUUGCAUGUGCAUCGAAUCGUAUUGCACGACGUGGCUACGCAUGUCUACGAUUCUUGAUAAGAUCAACAAUUCAUAAAUUGACAAGGGAACGAUGGACAAUUGUGGUGCGUGCUUUAUGGAAUGCCACAAGUUUAACAUUGGCUCAUUUGCGGCUUCUGAUGCGCUACUAUGUUGUGGAUUCGGAGGAUCCAAAUGGUGAUGUUGGAGAUGUACGCAUAGCAGCUACUGAAAAUUCUAAAUUUUCUUGUGAAACAGUACUGUUAGCUCAGAAGGUAAUUUCAUCUUAA